CUAUGUCUAUGUCAGACUGAUGACUCAUUCAUUGAAAUUUCUGCAUUUUACACAAAGUGCCGGCGGUAUAAAUGGACGCGCUUCUUACCUUUCUGUCUUCUUGUAAUCUUUUUUCUUGCGCGUCGUCUCUUCUCGUUGGUCUGGUCUGUGUCGUUUGGUUUGCCAACGUUUACUCUCCGCCUGAAAGACCGAGAGUAGUUUACAAGAAGGUGAAAGAUGGAACGAGCGGCGUUGCGGAGAAGGUAGCGACGAGGUGUAACAUUCUGAUGGAAAAGUAUUUUCCUCCUUUGCUGUGGGGUCGAAGUGGACACCUUCAAGCACACAUGUACGGCUUCAUCUGUCGAUUUUUUCCACCUCAAGUGAACGGUCAGAGACACAGAAGAGUCGCAGCUGACGGUGCCACAAUAACAUUCGACGUCUUCUAUCCACAAUUGUCUACAAACUGUGAGUCUAACGACGAGACCCGUCGUAUCGCUGUGGUUAUUCCAGGAAUAGGAAAUGGAAGUGAUCGACCGUACGUUCGCGUUCUCGUUCGCGAAAUGAAUCGGUUAGGCUACAUCGUGUCGGUACUAAACCAUCUUGGAGCGCUGGAAGACGAAAUGCUGACGUCGCGACGAAUAUUCACGUACGGUGGGACGGACGACUUUCAAUUGAUGAUGGACUGGGUACUAGAACGGUGGCCGGGUAGUAUGGUUAUCGGUGUGGGACUUUCGAUGGGCGGCAAUGUGUUGAUGAAGUAUCUGGGUGAGAAGCCGAAUAGGCAGAGACACUUUGUUGGAGCUGUGUCCGUAUGUCAAGGAUAUAAUAUAGCCAAAGGUCUACCGACUUUAAUGAAUUGGGCUGGACUCAGACGUCUGUAUAACUACCAUGUUACGAAACAUCUUAGGAAGGUUGUUCGUCGUCAUAGUGAUGUAUUGUUUGUGCCACCCGUUGAGAGAAGAGAUGAUAGUAGCACUGGCUGUUGUCUUAUACCAGAUAUGGAGAGAACUCUAAGUGCUACGAGUCUGAUGGAAAUCGAUACACAUUUGCAAAGACACCUGGUCAAGUUCAAUUCACUAGAAGAAUAUUAUGAGCAGGACAGCUGUUGUCAUUACCUACACAAUAUUACUGAUGUGCCAGUGUUGCUAGUAAAUGCACAGGAUGACCCACUGGUUGCUGAGUUUCUGCUGGAGACGGCUGAAGAUUAUGCUAGUACAUUUUCGAAUGCUCUCUUUGUGUUAACUAAACACGGCUCUCAUCUUGCCUUCUUUGAAGGCGGCAUUCUUAUACCAAACACGGUCACAUGGAUAGACAGGAUGAUCACACAGUUUAUGAAAGCAGCAGACGAAAUUCACAGAGAAAUUUAGGAAAAAUGAUGUCAAAUGCAGUGAAUACAUUAGACAGUGAAAUAAAAGAUAGGAAUUUAUCAAGUUAACUGAUUUGUAAAGGUGAUAUGAAUUUUGGUAUGUUUGUGUGGAAGGUUAAUAUUCAUGCAUAGUUUAUAAUUGAAAAUAUAUUUAAUUGGAAUGCCAGCGAGCAUGUACGCUUUGAUAUUUCUGAUGCCAAGAUCUAUUGCAACGUCUAGUAUGCAUCCAGGCACUUGAAGA